AUGGAAUUGCACGUUUGGCCAGCAGACUUCGGAUUACCUUCGGUGGAUGUCAGCUGUCUUCAGUUUCUGGCAUGUGCUAAAAUGUGCGCCAGUCCAGUUUCCGUUGUAUAUUCUAGUAGUCCGUGGAAUUCGCCUAACGGAGAGUACCCGGCUUUGCUCGAUUCUGGAAAUCAAGGAAAAACCAUAACCGAUUUUGACAAAUUUGUUGAAGUAUUGCGGAAAAGCGGGCAAGAAGUUGUGAUCGAUGCGGACCUGACCGUUUCUGAAAGAUCGCAGAUUGAUGCUUUUAGUUGUUAUCUGCAACAAUAUCUCAAUCCGGCUGUGUUACAUACCUUCUGGGUUGAUGACUUGAACUACAGCACAGUCACACAUCACUGGUUUUCUUCCCGCUUGUCGUUCCCCUAUAGUCUCUACUACUUGGAGAAACGCAGGAAGCGCAUGCAGCGAUUUCUCUCUGAGAAGCCUGUCACUGCUAUUAUGAAAGACGGAUUGGAGGCCUUGAAUAUGCUUUCAGCAAAACUUGGUGACAACAAGUUCUUCUGUGGAAAUAAACCGAGCUCUCUGGAUGCUUUGGUUUUUGGUUAUUUGGCACCGCUCUUGCGUUUACCUCUCCCAAACGAUCGGCUUCAGCUUCACUUGAGAGCUUGCCCUAAUUUGGUGAGGUUCAUUGAACAAGUAGCGUCGAUUUAUCUUCCCCCGUCAGAGGAACAGUUACGUAUGCAGAAGGCUGAAAGGAAAAUGUGGGAGAGUAGGUUACAAAAAGCCGAGAGAGCAAAAGAAGCUGAAAAAGCGGCGACAACCGAGUCGAAUCAAACCCAGGAGGAUCUGCCACUGCGUGAUACCAUCCUUUUCGGAUUGGGAGCCCUAACACUCUCUCUUCUGUUCGCCCUUCACUCCGGCAUCAUACAGGUUGUCGUAGAAGAUGAAGAACAAGCUAUUCCCGAAUGA